AAUUCACGCCGUAAAAGAAGAAGCAAGUGUUGUCGCUUUGAUUUAUACAGAAAUUGACAACGUAGCCAAAAACAAGUGUUAAUUAUUUCUACAAAAUGUUUAAUAUUCAAACGCAUAUGGACUAUGAGGGCCAGCACAAAGCGGAGAAGUUCUCACGCUUCAUCAUUACGCUUUUCGGCAUUGUCGGACUCAUCUGGGGUGCUAUCAUUCAGCAAUUUUCGCAAACUGUCUACAUUCUCGGUGCAGGAUUUCUGUUGGCUUCUAUUAUAACUAUUCCACCAUGGCCAAUAUACCGCCGUCAUCCCUUGAAUUGGCAAAAACCACGUAAUAUCGAACUACCUGUAAGCAGCGGCGAUGAGGGCAAGAAAAAGAAGAAGUAAACACAGAUGUUUAUGGCAUAUAUUGUAUUCCAUUGAUAGCUUUUAAUAAUGAAGUUGUGUAAGUUUAAAAAUAUAACAAAUUAAGAAAUUAAAUUUCAGUAAUGAAAUUUAAAAAAAAGAUAA